CAAUGGCUUUUACACACUGAGUCAACAGGGGCAUGGAUAAGACAGAGGUUUGCGUCAACAACCGUAAUACCAUUAAGAGAGAUCUCAGUUUGCUGCUGGCGUGUCUGAAGUUUCAGAUGAAAUGUCCCAACCUGCAGAAACAAGCUCUUCUCACCAUCCAUUCAAUCUGUGAAAAGAGAGAGGAUAAUGUGGACCUGUUUCGACAAUUGGGAGGUGUGGCAUUUGUGUAUAGCCUCUACAAAUCCAGUAUUGUUCAUUCAGAUGUUAAGGAGACUGCACUCUUUACUCUUGGCACCCUGGCAGAAGCUAAUGUGUACUGCAAGAAUUCUCUGUGCAGGAAGGAGACAUUUCUAGACCUUGCUGGGUGUUUGAUGAAAGAAGACUUCACGCUGGCACAGAAGAGAGUUUCUGUCUAUUUGCUGUUUGUGUUGGUAGCCAACAACAAAUUGGGACAGACUUUAGCCCAAACAACUGGCUGCCUUGAUAUUCUGCUGGACCGCUUUAGGACUACUUUCCCCCUCUCCACCACAGGGGCUACCAUGAAAUUAGCUGGUGCUACUCAAACAUACCAACUUUGGGCGUCUGUGUCAAGUGCUCUCUGUGGAUGUGUCAACAAUCCUCAGAAUGAGGAGAGUCAGCGUAUUUGUGUGGCAGCUUUUCCCAUAAUGAAAGUCUGGCUUCAGCAGAUUUCUCUGUCCCGCACUGACAUUUUUCAGCCCAUUUGCUCCUUCAUAGCAAUGACCGUUGCCAACAACCCGUUUGUUCAGGAGAACUUUUUUGCCUCUGGGGGUUUGGAGACUCUCACUCUUGCACUAGUUCGUCUCGCUUCUACUGCAGAUACAAGCUUAUUGUCUUGCCAGCUUUCUGUCAUUAUAUCCAAGACUCUGUCAGCUUGCAUAACUGACAACUCUGCUCUGGCUUCAGGUCUGGCUCAGUAUGGUGUAGUGUCCCACCUUCUCUCUUUGCUGGCCAGUCCCCACCUGGACCCUCAGGACAGACUCCCUGUUUUACUAACCCUGGGCCACCUGACUGAGACCUCUGGGGAGCACCAGUCCCAGCUGAUCCAGUGUGGAGGCCUGCCCCUUAUCAUAACGUUACUCACAGAAGACACAUGCGAGGAGGUUCGGAAGGCUGCCACAUUUGUAUUGCAGGCUUGCAAACAGGCCACCAUGUGCUUAGGAGCGGAUGGUCCGAUAGCAAAACAGGUUGAAAACUUGAAACCUUUUACAAACAUGGAAGGUUUCCGACACUCAGCCAGAGAUUUGCUGCGCAGGAUUGACCUGCUAGAGAUGAGACAGCUGAAGGAUGUUGGCGAAGAGCAGGAAGACAUAAAUCCACCAACUUUACCUGAGGAGCAAGGCCAAGCAUCUGUGCCCCCCGCCUUACCUCUAGCACUUCACUUGUUUAAGCCCCCAUUACCAGUGAGGCAAACAAAACCACAAGAGAUAAGAUGGACUGAUGAGCUACAGGACAGUGAGAUGAGUAAGGCGGGCCGAGCCAUUGUGGGGGAACAGUCUGUCUCUCAUAGCCGGUGUGCAGGUUGUGUGUUACCAUUUGAGGAGGUGACCAGUCGCACUUUUGCGACCCUCCAAAGCUCUUGCCCCCACAGCUGUGACAUGCACAAAGCUCUCCAAGAGGCCACAGAGCAAUUCAGGAUACGUCACUGCAACCUUUACUUGAGGAAAGAACAUCAUGACAACACUGUCGAGCGCACAGACCCAGAGAGGGCAGAGCCACAGAGAUGCUCUGAGAACUGGAAAGGUAUCACUUUGACUCCACUGCACAGAAGAGCUAAGAAGGAUAUAUCUACUGGUCCAGCUUUGGCACCCCUAAAAAGACGGCAUCUUCCUGGAGAUAGAUUGGCAAUAUCACAUAUCGAGAGAAGAAGCAGGAGUAAGAGCGGACAUAAAGCUCUUGAUGAUCAGCCGAAGAUUAAUACAGACCACUGUUCCACUCGAAGGAGGAGGAAAGACUUCAGCUGUGAAGAGGUGCACUACCUACUGUCCGGAGUUGAGAAGUUUGGCUUCUCCUGGAACUCCAUCUUGUGGUCUUAUCCCUUCCAACCUGGACGCACCAAUGUUGAUCUGGCCAACAAAUACAGGCGCCUAAUGAACCCAGGAUGCCGGCUGUGAAAAGUCAUAUUUCUGCGAUCCUGGGCCAGCUUAUUAAUAUAUCAGCUAUGUGGAUUUAUUUUCAGGACCCUCAUUUUAUCCAGUUUACAACACUGCACUCACUUUCAAGUGAUCUAUACAGUAUAUGCUCCAUAUACCAAUAUACUUGAGUGUUUGUUUGACUUUAGUACUUUGCAUAUGUUUGCAGUUUUUAAAAUAUUUUCUGCAACACAUUUCUGUGCUUUGACAGGUAUUGGGGAUUGUUUGAGUUUCUGAAGUUGCACUGUCAACAUUCUCCGUCAAGUACUUGAUUCAUGUGAACUGACUUUCAAACAGUGUUUGUAUUUAUACGUUCAUGUUGCAUAAAGUGUCAUUUGAC